CACAGGGAACAGGGAAGUGCUACCUUUGGAACUGAAAUGCAUUCUUUGCUCCGCUCUAUUUGAAGACGGUUCCCUAAAAACAUUUCACGCUUUUAUCGAGAAACGAAUCAGUGGGGACCAACACAGCUUUAGCUAUUACGAUUUUCCCAGUGAAAAUGGCCUCGAUCCACCUCCGUCUUCCGACGUUAUUGAAUGUUCUCCUUAUCUGCGUCACUUUGCUGUUAAACAACGAGUGUGUUGUUGCCAAGACAUAUCGCAGACCCAACAUUGUUUUGAUACUAACGGAUGACUUGGACAUAGCAAUUGGCGGCUUGAAUCCAUUGAUCAAAACCAAAAAACUUAUUGGAGAUGCUGGGAUUUCAUUCACGAACGCUUUUGUGGCCAGCCCGCUGUGUUGCCCCAGCCGGGCCAGCAUCUUGACGGGGAAGUAUCCCCACAACCACCAUGUCAUCAACAACACUCUGGAGGGCAACUGCAGCAGCCUGGCCUGGCAGAAGAGCCAGGAGCCCCAGACCUUCCCUGCCCUGCUGCAGACCUACGCUGGCUACCAGACCUUCUUCGCUGGGAAGUACCUCAACGAGUACGGGAACUCUGAUGCUGGUGGGAUUGAGCAUGUUCCUGCUGGCUGGGACUACUGGGUCGGCCUGGAGAGGAACUCCAAAUAUUACAACUAUACUCUGUCGGUGAACGGGAAAGCUAAGAAGCAUGGGCAGAACUACAGCACAGACUACCUGACAGACGUACUGGCCAACAUGUCUCUAGACUUCUUACAGUACAAGUCCAACUACCGGCCGUUCUUCAUGAUGGUGUCCACACCGGCCCCCCACUCCCCCUGGACCGCGGCCCCUCAGUAUGAGAACAGCUACCCGGACGUAAAAGCCCCCCGGGACCCCAACUUCAACGUCCAUGGAAAGGAUAAGCACUGGUUGAUCCGACAGGCCAAAACCCCCAUGACCAAUUCCUCAGUGGAGUUCCUGGAUGAAGCUUUUAGGAAACGGUGGCGUACUCUCUUGUCAGUGGAUGACUUGGUGGAGAAGGUGGUGAAGAGGCUGGAGGUCAGGGGAGAGCUGGAGAACACCUACGUCAUCUUCACCUCCGACAAUGGCUACCACACCGGCCAGUUCUCCCUCCCCCUGGACAAGCGGCAGCUGUAUGAGUUUGACAUCAAGGUUCCUCUCAUGGUCAGGGGCCCCAAGAUCCAAGCCAACCAGACCAGCCCGAUGCUGGUGGCCAACGUAGACCUGGGACCCACCAUCCUGGAUAUAGCGGGGUACGACGUCAACAAGACCCAGAUGGACGGCAUGUCAUUCCUGCCUGUCAUGCAGGGGCAGGUGAACAGCAGCAGCUGGAGGACUGACAUCCUGGUGGAGUACGAGGGAGAGGGGAGCAACAUCACUGACCCAGCCUGCCCCCUGCUGGGCCCGGGGGUAUCGGAGUGUUUCCCAGACUGCGUGUGUGAGGACUCGUACAACAACACGUACGCCUGCGUGCGCACCGUCGCCCCCUCUACCAACCUCCAGUAUUGCGAGUUUGAUGAUAACGAGGUGUUCGUGGAGGUGUACAACGUGACAGCUGACCCCUUCCAGCUCAGCAACAUCGCCAAGAGCAUCGACCAGGAAGUUCUGGAGAAGAUGAACCACAGGCUGAUGAUGCUGCAGUCCUGCUCUGGACAAGCCUGCAGGACGCCGGGGGUUUACGACACGCGGUACAAGUUUGACCCCCGCCUCAUGUUUGGCAGCCACAACCCUCGCAUCAGCAGACUGCGCCAAGUGCUGAAGUAAGAUGGACCGACGGAGGGAGAGCGAAGGAGAGGAGGGAGACUUAGAAGGCCCCUUUUGUCCGGUUGUUGCCUUGUUUCUGAGAACGCCAACGGUACCUGGCCCAAUCGGUGUGGGAAAGAGGGAGGGGGGGGGUUUGGAGGGGUUGGCAAGGUAGGGUGGAAGGUCCAAUAUCUCUAUACAACACUACAGCCACUUUUAACAGGGAUGCCUUUUUGUACGCAACACCGUUGCCUGUCACUGCCGUACCGGGCACUCGGAGACAGGAAGUGACACGUCGUUUGUUGUGGAUCGUCGUCAUUCUAUACGUGUUUGUGGUGAGUUUGAUAGGGCCUGUAGACAUUUCAUGGUUCUCUUUGUAUUUUAACAUAACUUCGUUUUUGUUUACUUUUGAUGUCCAGAUUAUCUGAUUUAGGAACCAAUGAAUAUCUCCAUCACAGAGCCACCGUGGCUUGCUAAAUGUCCUCCUCUCCGCCGUGGAUUCUCACGUGCAUGCCUACACGUGUACUUUUCUGGUAUUAUCAUUAUCAAAGUAUUGAUUUGACUGUAGGCCUUACAACUGACUUGUUUUUAUGAUCUGAGAACUGCCCAGAACAAGGGACAUCGCCUAACCCGGAUGUAUUUCCCACAAAAGAGAAGCGGAUGUUUAUAUAUAUUUUUUUUUUAAAGGGGGAGGGGGGUACACAUGACAGAAGGAGAGUAGGAAGUGUGAUUGUAUGGACUGGAUUGAGGGAAACGGGCCAACUAUGCUUUUACCCUGGAUUCAAUCAGCCCAAUCAAAACGGUUCCUUGUAUGUCACACACAAAGACACAGACAGACAUUUUCCCGGAGAUUAAACGAUAGUACCUAUAUUCUUCACGUUAUAUUGAGACUAUACAUUGUAUGAGAACAUGAGUUUCAUUUGUUCUGCUGUUGAUCACAGGGUUUGGAUCAUGAAUGAGCCAAAGGGGAGGAUCUGUGAUGGUUCGUUCCUCCAAAGAGAUUUUUUCUUUUAUAUUGUUUUCUUUUUCUUUCAUUUUUUGGGAAGGGGGGCCAAAUCAAUGGUUCCUUCAACUAAUCUGCUUAAUGUGAAUUCUGUAGGGAAAACCAUUCUUCCUGUUUUAGACAAGGGAAUAUUAGGGAAGGAGAGUGAGACUGAUGCAUGGUUUUAUAGUAAAAAUACCAUGAUAGUGCUCAAGGAAGACUGAAACCUUAAAGGGAAACUAUCUUCUUUGAAUAUUACUAACUCCACCUUCGUCAUGAUAGGGCGGCCCAAACUUUGCCAUCUAACUCCCCCAGCAGUGCUAUUGUGGUUCAUUCAACAUGCAUCAAAUGAGUUUGUUUGAACUGCCUGUUGUUUGAUUGUUGAUUGACUGUUGAAUUUGUUUGAAAUGAAUGGUAGUUCUGUUAUUUACAUCAAAGAUCUAGUCUGACUGUAUUAAAGGUGCAAGGUUCUGAACAAUACUGGACUGAUAAUCGUCACACACACACACACAGAGAGUUAUGCUGUAAACCACAGGAACUGGUCAAACCCAUUUCAGCUCAUUCAUGCACUUUCCAACUUGUGAAAAAGAUGUUUUUGCACAUUAUUUCUUUACAUUAGUCGUUUUGUAACAGAGUAUGCAUUUCUGGCUUGUGUUUGUCCAUUAAACAUAGUCUGCGAUUGGCAUAUGAAA